AUGUCUGUUGCUCCAGAAACCAUUUCGGCGACGCAUGGUCCACGGAGAGAGUUUUGGCCACGUCCUCAGAGAAUAACGAAAAUGAGUUCAUUGUCUCAGGCGAUGGGACUCGGUCGUACGGACCCAAACUUCACUCAGUUUACAAGCUGCAUGCGGUUGCUUGCGUCGGACCAUCUAGAUAUGUCGCAACACUUUCGAGAUCAAGACCCCGAGCGGUGGACCGCAUUCUCUAACGAGGUCGUAAGCCGGUUUCCGUACAUCAAGACCGAAUACGAAGAUGCCUGGCCUAUCGAGGGAUACAUCCGUCCACAACAAGCGAUGAAGCUUGCCAAUAAGGAUCAACGAGACAAGAGUGAGCGGCUUCGCAGGAGCCCGAGGAAUGCCGCGGUUCGGACCCCAUAUCAUUACCAAUCGAGAAGGGUCCUGUCGCCUGCUGAGUCGUCGAGCUCUAGUACGGCGUCUGACUCUGAGUCCACAUAUCGUGACACGCCUUCAGCGGGUCCGUCUGUAUCGGUGAGAACGGUCCAAACCACUCAGACCGCCCGUUCUGGGAAGGCCCCGACUAUGACCCGCCACCAAACCACCGCCUCCGCCAGUACAGCACCGUGCGAGCCUCAUGAUGGGGUCAUCCGUGCUUUCCUCCAGUCGCUGAACCCGGAUCUAGAAGACCUCACGCAAAAGUUCAUUGGCGCGGGUCUUGUUAACAAAACCUGCCUCGUCGCUCUCGCGGGCAUGCCCGACUGGGAAAAGGAUAAGCUGCUCCGGGAUGAUAUGUCCCUUACGGCGUUCCAGUCUCGGGUCGUUCGCGUCGGACUCGCAGACCUGAUGUAACCGUAGAUGAGUGUGUGAGUGCUGUACGAAACGAAUCGGAAUAAGCGUUGUCGCACUUCGACCUUGUGUUACCGUUAUGUGCAUA